AUGACUGACAACUGGAAAAUACUGAGUAGUUGUCUUAAAUUCUUUUUUCCCCUUUUUUGUGUGUAUUUUUCCCCUAUCCUCCAGAUCUUCUACAUAAAUCCUCGAUACGUCCUUUUCAUCCACCUGGUGUUCAACGACACGAUCCAAGUGACAGUGACCAUCAUGCUGUUUGUCAUCAGCUACGUCCUCUACAAAAUAAAUGUUUCUGUCUGUUGCAUCCUCGUCCUGAUUUCUCUUUUCACCACUGAAAACACCCGUCUGAACCUGGCCUGCAUGGCGGUGGAGUGCUACAUCGCCAUCUGUCUCCCCCUCCGACACGUGCAGAUCUGCACAGUCAAGAAAACGUUGAAGCUGAUUGGUUUAAUCUGGGCGACCAGUAUGUUGAUGGCCCUUCCUGAUCUUUUCAUCACUUUGGCCACAGAGCCUCUCGACUUCUUUGGUUCAAAAGUCUUCUGUACGGAACAAAGUGUCUUCCCAAAUCCCUUCAUCAUCAAGAAGAGAACAAUCAUAUAUUCAGUGUUUCUCGUUCUAGUUUGGAUCACGAUCUUCUACACGUACUUCAGGAUUCUGUUCACUGCUAAAGCUGCCAGCAAAGAUGCUAAAAAGGCCAGAAACACAAUCCUCAUCCACGGGCUUCAGCUGCUGCUUUCAAUGGCAUCAUAUGUAGAACCUGUGUUAAAAGAAGCUCUGCUGAAAUGGUUCCCAAAGAAUAUUACAGACUCCCUGUUUGCUUGUUAUGUUUUUGUACAGGUCCUGCCACGAUCUAUUAGUCCAGUCAUCUAUGGUGUACGAGACAAGACUUUCAGGAAGUACCUGAAGGGGUAUGUGUUGUGUUAA